UCUUGAAUUAUAUAAUGGUGGCUGCUGCUUGAAGCCCGUAUUUUAUCCUUCGAUUGCUGCAAGAUCUAUAAAAAUGUCUGUUGGUAGAUUAAUUACACGUACCUUUUCCACGUCAACUGUCGCGCAGCAGCUGGUGAAGCCUCCAAUUCAAGUUUUUGGAUUAGAAGGCAGAUAUGCCACAGCUCUUUUCUCAGCUGCGACUAAACAGAAGGCUUUGGACACAGUGGAGAAAGAUUUAGUCAGCUUUCAGGAUCUCCUCAAGAAAGAUGCCACACUGAUAGACUUUAUAAAAAAUCCUUCAAUAAAGCGAAAAAAUAAGGUGGAAGCUUUUAAAGCUAUUGGAAGCAAGAGUGGCAUGAAUCCAAACACCGAAAAUCUGCUGACAUUACUCGCAGAGAAUGGCCGAUUGACGAAACUCAAUGCAAUAAUAAAUUUGUACAAGCUGCUUAUGGCUGCUAACAGAGGUGAAGUAGUAUGCGAAGUAAUUACUGCAAGUCCACUUGAUGCUGAUAUGAAGGCGAAACUGGAAUCUACGUUGAAACGUUUAUUGAAGAAGGGUCAAACCUCUUUGCUCACUACUACAGUAGAUCCUUCUAUCAUUGGCGGUAUGAUAAUAUCAGUAGGUGACAAAUAUAUAGACAUGAGUAUCGCUAGCAAAAUUAAAAUGUAUACUGACCUCAUUGAAACCGCAGUGUAAUAAAAGCAUAGCGAUAUGAAGGAAUGAAGUAAAAUGUUGCAUACUCAUAUACAUAUUAUAUAUCGAGUAUCAUGUAAAUUAUCGAACAGAAAUAAAGCUGUAUGAUCAAGUAA